AUGACAUCGGGCAGUGGUAGUGGUUUAGGGUUGAAGAAAGGUGCAUGGACUGCACAUGAAGAUAUGCUUCUCAAGAAUUGUAUUGAGAAAUACGGCGAAGGGAAAUGGCACCUUAUACCUCUCAGAACAGUUAGUUUUGACUUUAAUUUUAGAUGGUCACUGAUCGCGGGAAGAAUUCCCGGACGAACUGCUAAUGACGUGAAGAAUUACUGGAACACUCAUAUUCAGCCUCGUUCCAAACAACAUAAGAAAGAACCUGAUGCCGAUGAAUCUCUACAAGACGCUACACUCACCAUUAUCAAGCCUCAACCGCAUAUCAUCUCCAAAACCAUAAAUAUGUGCAUGACUGACAACCGACAAAUUGUCUCUCCUGGUGGUGGUAACCUUACAAGAACAUCAAAUGCAGGUGCCAACAACAACUUUAAUGUCUCCUCCCUCACACCAAAUGUACUAGACGACAAGAUUAACCAAUAUCUCCAAGAAUUAUUUGAUGAUGGUGAAGUGGAACUUGAAGGAGACAUUGGAUGGUCCUUUGGUGAAUUUUCGGCGUAG